UGUGAGUGGGCGUGUGGAACGGAAGUUCGCGUCCUCGUUCUUAAGGCAAGAAUUAACAGCCAGAUCAGAAGGCUGGAGGUCGCUUGUGAUUUUUGUCCUGCUUUCACCUGUCCGACAAAGAGCCACCCACCAAGAUGGCUCAGUGGCAGGCCCUUCUGAAGCUGGACUCUGCACUCCAGAGCCGGGUCUGCCAGCUGUACGAGAGAAGAUUUCCCAAAGAGAUUCGCCACUAUCUGAGCACCUGGAUCGAGAACCAGGACUGGGAUUCGGCAGCUGUGGACGAGCACAGAGCCAGAACCUGUUUCCAGGCUCUCCUGGUGUUUCUAGAAGAGCAGUGGAAUCGUUCUGUUCAGGAGAACAGUAUUCUGCAGGGGCCAGAUUUUUCCAGGAUGAAGGACUACCUGCUGGGGGAUUUCCAGGGUGAGCCGCUGAAAUUGGCCCUAAUUCUGUCUGAAUGCCUGAAGGAGGAAAAGCAAAUUCUGGCUUCGGUCUCUCAGCCUCAGAGUUGCAAUAAUUCAAGCAUGCAACAAAGCUGGAGAGAGUUGGACGACAAAGUCAAUGAACUGAAGCGACAGACUUUGGAGACCAAGAAGGAAAUCAAGACACUGGAGGGUCUGAAUGAAAAACUGGACUAUAUUCUGAUGGCCUGGCAAAAUAAAGUGGAGGAGAACACUGAUUUGGCCCAGUCCCAACAUAUUGUUGAUCAGGAAUGUCAGAAACAUGCAGUCUUCAUAACACAAACAAAGGAGGUGAGUGCAAUUGAGGACAAGCACCACACCCAAUCAAAGAUUGUGCUGCAUCAGUUGGUUAACAUUUUAAAGCAGACAGAAAAGGUCGUGGCGACUCUCACUGAUGUGGAGCUGCCGGAGUGGAAGCGCAGGCAGCAGUUGGCCUGCAUUGGAAGUCAAGAUGACACCAGUCUGGACCACCUGGACAAGUGGUUUUCGACUGUUGCCGAAGUGCUGCUAGGAGUCUGCGAACAGCUGAAGAAACUUCAAGACCAGAACAGCAAAUACAGCAGCACUGACCCUGCCUUCUGCCUCUCUACUUCAAUCCCAGAAAUGGAGAAAUUUGGGCUGUCCUUGUUAAUAAAACUAGUCACAAACGCUCUGGUGGUGGAGAAACAGCCCGCCAUGCAGAAAUUUCCACAGCGUCCUCUGAUACUGAAGACUGGGGUGCAGUUCAGUAUCACAGUGAGGUUCCUGGCAAACAUCCCUGAAUUCAAAUGCAGGUUCAGAGUCAAACCUGUAUUUGACAAGGAUGUUGCAGAAGCCAAGACAGUGAAAGGGUUCCGUCUCUUUGAUUUCAACAGAGACGACUGUAAGGUGUUGGACGAGGACACAGAUGGAGGCUUGAUGGCAGAAUUUGGGCACAUGUCGCUCAAGGAAAGAAAAUCAAGAAGCAAAAGCUCAUCUGCGAACCAUCUGGUAGUCACUGAAGAGCUGCACAUCAUCAAGUUUGUGACAGAGUUUCAGUACGCAGGACAAACAUGCAACAUCGAGGCCAGCUCCUUGCCCGUGGUCGUCAUCUCCAGCACGAAUCAAGUCCCCAAUGCCUGGGCCUCCAUCAUGUGGUGGAACAUGGUGUCCACCAGUGAACCUUGGGACCUGUCACUGUUCCUGAAUCCUCCUCCUCUCACCUGGGAGCAGCUGUCACAGGUGCUGAGCUGGCAGUUUUUGACCGUUGGCAAACGAGGGCUCGAUGAAAUGCAGCUCUUCAUGCUAAGAGACAAAAUUAUGGUUGGUGCUGCUGCAGAUGAUCCUGACGGCAUGGUGUUCUGGAGCAGCUUCUCCAAGAACGAAAAUGCCUGGAUCUGGAUCGAUGGCAUCCUCGAUUUAAUCAAGAAACACUUGGUGGAUCUUUGGCGUGAUGGAUCCAUUAUGGGGUUUGUGAACAGGGAGAGGACACGCCUCCUGCUGCAGGAAAAACAGGCCGGUACUUUUCUGAUCCGGUUCAGUGAGAGCAGCAGAGACGGCGCCGUCACCUUCAGCUGGGUCGACCACUCCAACGGUGAGCCUCAUGUGCAUGCGGUCCAGCCAUACACCAAGAAAGAGCUGUCGGUGUUACCUCUGCCAGAUAUCAUUUACCGCUACAGUCUGGCAUCCCAGCGAAGCAGAAAUCCCCUGGUCUAUCUUUACCCCGACAUCCCCAAAGACACCGCCUUCGGACGCUACAAAUCCCCCGAAACAUCAGAACCUUCAGGGGAUGGAUAUCACCGCAGAAUACCUUCUUUUAUAUCAAACGACCCUACGCCACCUCCUUCUCCACCCAAUGAGACCCACAUGAUGGAAAUGGACAAUGACCUGGAAACAAGUGCCAGCUUGAGUGAACUCCUCUGGGAGUCCUGGGAAUCUCAGCUGGACAUCUGCCCAACUUUAGCUUCGUUACAGACAUCAUCGCCUGAAAACCUCUUUGUCGAUCAGUUUAGUUUCAGCUAAAAUCUGCUGGAUUGCUGAUCACACGCUGCACUUUGCUGGAAAAGAAAAGCUGUACUGUAAAAAUGGCAACAAUCAAUGUGUAUGCGAUUUUAAUUCAAAGUUUGUAUUCACAUUCUGUUUUUCUUACUGUGCUGUAUAUUUGGUAUAUUUACUUUUAAUAAAAUAAGUGACUGGAUGACUGUGCACCCCGACUGUUGCUCUGUGGCUGCUCUGGGAUCACGGUCCUCCUCUGACACUGAAUUGAAUAAGUGGUUAAGUCAACUGAUGGAUGGAUGAAUUCCAGGGCCGAGAAAACCCGCAAGGCCUCUUGGUCUUGUUUUGAAAACAAAAUUUGCAUCAGAUGUUUGUCUAAUCCUGACUGGCAAACUGAAGACACUGACAACUUGUCAGUCACAAGUCAUUAAAUAAUAUGCACUCUUUUAAGUUAUUAACUAAGAUUCUAAACUACAGAUUAAAAUUAUAAACUCACCAGAAUCCUGUUUACAGAGGUCACAAGUCAAGAAUCAAAUUCAACAAAAAUGAAUAAAUCAUAUCAAAAAUUAUUUGAAAAUACUUAAUGCUCAGUGUAUUUCAGGUAAUUUUAAAGCACUCCAAUAUUUGGUUAAUGUUUAUGUUGAAGGAUGUAUCCUGGUUCCUCACAGUUUUGCUGGAGACUAAGGUGAU